AAGCCCAAAACAAUCGUAGGCAGUCCAAAGCCUGUGAAUCCAGCCUGCCCCAGUGAAAGCCAUGGGGUUGAAGCGACAAGCUGACAAUGAUGUGGAGGAAAUCGAUGAUUGCCAGGAGGUGGUGACCGUGCCGGGCCCACGACGCCCACAUAAGGGACAAGCCUUGUCUUCGCGUUUCUCUCCAGUGGCAGAGGCCAUCGAUGAUAGCUGCUGCUAUGCGCGGGUUCAGCAUGGCACGAAGGUGGGGCAAUGCACCAGGAAGAGGUUGCAGGAGUGGUUCUGUGCAGAGCACGCCGCGGAAAACCGAUGGCGACUGUUGGGACGAGUGGACGGCGAGAUCCCCAAGGCGCAGCUGGUCCACCUGCUUCGCAGGGCAGCAGCGCCAGCCACACCCGGCGAUCCAGAGGUGGAGCGUCGAAGCCAACGAAAGGUCCUCAGAAGUGCCAGCCUCAAGGCGCUUAACUUUGAUGAGCUGACAGGCAUUGUGGUUACCUGGUUGAUCGCUAGGACCUCGCACCCGCGUUGACGGACAAGUCUCAUGAAGAGGUGCUUGAGGAAGUCAUGCGGCAGCAGGAGGAGGAUCUGUGGCGAGAAGUGAUGCGGGUGCACCAGAUGGAUGGAGGAAAGAAUGCCGGGUGAGGAGAAAAAGAGACCGAAUGCUUCUGGAGAAUCUCCACAGACCGAAUUCUCAGGGGCACAAGUCUUGACGAGCUGCCCGUAGCAGCUGGCAGAUGGGAGACGAGCUGCCCGUCGCGUGUGUCGCACAAUGGGAGACGGCCUGGUCCCUUGGAUUUUCGGAGCCUUUCCGAGCCUUUCCCACUCAAGACCAGGCUGGCAAGACACCAUACCGCAUGGCGACGCC